CAAACGAUGCCUGUUCGUAUGGACGUCGACGAUAUGAUCAUCCGACUAUUAAACGUCGGUGUGCCAGGCUGUGCACUGGUUAACAAUGUGAAGGAAUCCGAACUGUUGGUGCUCUGCCAAAUUGCGAAGUAUGUGCUUAAUUGUUCACAAAAAUCAAUAUUUUCCAAAACAAACGAAAAAUUGGCUACUUAUAUUGAGGCAAAGCGGUGGAUAUCGCAGGACUUGUCUUGUUCUUGUUUGUUGCAUCUCUACUCAUUUUUUUUAAGACAUGUACUUCUUAGCCAAGCAUCGCUGGUUGAGGUUCAAGCCCCUAUAAAAAUAUGUGGAGAUAUUCAUGGUCAAUUUGCAGAUGUUCUGCGACUGUUUGAUCGAGGUGGUUUCCCUCCGAUGGUUAAUUACCUCUUUCUUGGUGACUACGUUGACCGCGGCCAUCAAAGUCUUGAAUGCAUUGCGCUGUUCUUCUGCUACAAGGGAUGGCAAGGGAACACUCGAGGAGUUUCGUACGUAUUUGGUCCAGACGUCGUGCACAAAAUGCUCCCAGUUCUAGAUAUCGAUCUAGUAGCCAGAGCACAUCAGGUCGUACAAGAUGGAUUCGAAUUUUUUGCGAAUAAGCGUCUGGUAACGAUCUUCUCAGCACCGCACUAUUGUGGGCAAUUCGACAACGCUGCAGCCGUAAUGAAUGUCGAUGAGGCACUUGUAUGCUCAUUUCAGGUAGCGCAAGCAUUGAUGAUAGACAGUUCACAUGAGAGUAAACAUAACAUAAAGGUGGGAGAAAGCAAAGAUUCCCCAACGGUUUCUUGA